CGCCACCCGGUCGCUAUUUGGACGUGCGAGAUUCGAACGCAAGCCACAAUAGAUGAUCCUGGCCGUCCAAUUUUUUAUCAAUCGGUCCCUCUUCGUCGUGUAAAUGGUAGAUUGAGACGAGACGAUGCAUUCGGUAACAUCUCCAGUAGCCCUAGCGCCUCAGAAUCCCCUGUGAAUCUCUCCUUGAAGAACUUUGUUGUUUGUUCGAUUGAGCGAUUCAACGUGCCAGUCAUUUGGGGCAUCCUUUAAUUUUACUUCUCUCGUCAGGUCUUGACGAGGAAGGAGAAACAUUAUCGGAAUUCGGAUCUUUAUUGAGUCAUGGAAACUGGAGAGUCUGCUCCCCCUUCCCUUGGUCCUCGCUAUGCACCGGACGACCCUACUCUUCCCAAACCCUGGAAGGGAUUGAUUGAUGGGAGCACUGGACUGUUAUACUACUGGAACCCUGAAACUAACGUAACUCAGUAUGAAAAACCGGUCUCUUUGCCACCACCAUUGCCGCUCGGUCCUCAUCCUGGCGUCUCUUCUUCCAAUCCUACUUCAGUUUCGGAGGCUCAUUCAAUGCCAUCGAAUGGUGCAUUAACACCGCAUGUACAGAAAAAUCAUCAUGUCCCUCAACAAGAGGGCCAAUCAAAUAGCCAACUUUCUCAACAACCUGGACAUCUUAUGUCACAACAGCACAGUUCUGUUGCCGGUCAGGCAACUGUUAAUCACCAUCCUGGCUUGCAAAUGGCACCAGAUGGGCGACAAAAUAGCUCGCAAUCGAACCAGGUCAUGCAGCAACAGGGGCUGUUUGCAAUGUCGUCACCACAUCUUGGCCAGCAGCAGGUCAUGCAUCAAGGUCAGAAAAUGGCACAUGCAAAUCCACAAAUGUCUCAGCAUCCAAAUCAGCAACCCCCGCAGAAUCCAGGACAACCCUUACAGAAUCCAGGACAACAAAUACCACAACCAUCAAUCCAGCAUUUAGGACAACCAAGCAUGCAAAAUCAAACGCCAUUAGUUGGGCAGCCUCAAGGUCCGCAACCACAAUAUGGUCAGCAGCAGCUUCAGUAUAUCGGCUACCAGCAAAGUGUGCAUCCAAGUGUGCAGCACAAUUUGAAGCAGCAAGUUCAACAAAGCCCUUUAGGUCAACCAUUUGGCAAUCACCUUGAGCAGAAGUCAGCUUUUCUGAAGAGAGAGGAGGAUAAUAUCCAGUCAGGAAACCAAGUUGGCUUUUCUUCUUCCCAGUUUGAACAAAGUGGUGGUACCUCAUCUAUUCAUAACCUUCAUCCUGGAACCAAUUCUUCUCAAAUGCAAUUUGGUUCAGCAUCAGACCAAGCACGACAAUUUGUUGGCUCUCCAGGAAACAUACAACAGCAGAAUCCUGUGGUUCAAUUGCAGCAUGCAGGUACUGAAUUGGCUCAUCGCCAACAUCAUUCUAGAUUCCAAGAUCAGAUGAGCCCAGCAGUGAUGCAGGGGCAGCAAACUAGUGCUGAAAAUUUGCCAGGUAGAGCUGGAAACGAAUAUUACUUUGGCAGGAAUGAAGGGCCUGGCGUUGGUCCACUUCAACCAAGGCUUGCAGCAAUACCAAUGGCAAGGAGCCAGCAGGACACAAGGAUGAGUGGUGUCUCAUUUCCAACUGCAGCACCUGGCCAUCCUAGUGGGACCAAUUUUGCUGCUGGGCAUUCACAUAAUAUGUACAGCCAUGGAUCUGGUGGCCCACCAUUGUCAAACAAUGCUUUGAUAGGCCCUCCUCAUAUUGGAGCUUCAGAUGUCACUAAUAUGUCACCUGUUGAAGUUUAUCGUCAACAGCAUGAAGUAACUGCUACGGGUGAUAACGUUCCAUCUCCUUACAUGACAUUUGAGGCUACUGGCUUCCCUCCGGAGAUACUGAGAGAGAUAUAUUCUGCUGGUUUCUCUUCUCCAACGCCAAUUCAAGCACAAACAUGGCCAAUUGCCCUGCAAGGUCGGGACAUAGUUGCCAUUGCUAAAACGGGGUCCGGAAAAACUUUGGGCUAUUUGAUUCCUGCCUUCAUGCUUCUUAGGCAGUGCCGGAAUAACCCUCAAAAUGGACCAACGGUGUUGGUUUUGGCUCCUACUAGGGAGCUUGCUACUCAAAUACAAGAUGAAGCUAUUAAAUUUGGGAGGUCUUCCAGGGUUUGUUGUACGUGUUUGUAUGGUGGAGCCCCAAAAGGUCCUCAGCUAAAGGAGUUAGAACGUGGUGCUGAUAUUGUUGUGGCAACUCCUGGCCGGCUCAAUGAUAUACUUGAAAUGAAGAUGAUUAAGUUUAGGCAAAUUUCACUUCUUGUGCUUGAUGAAGCUGAUCGAAUGCUUGACAUGGGAUUUGAACCCCAAAUUAGAAAGAUUGUGAAUGAAAUACCACCUCGCAGACAAACACUUAUGUAUACAGCAACAUGGCCCAAGGAAGUAAGAAAAAUAGCGAAUGAUCUUCUAGUCAAUUCUGUCCAGGUGAAUAUUGGUAGCGUUGAUGAACUUGCUGCUAACAAGGCUAUAACUCAGUAUGUUGAAGUCGUUCCACAGAUGGAAAAACAGAGACGGUUAGAACAGAUUCUUAGGUCCCAAGAACGGGGAUCUAAGGUAAUAAUUUUUUGUUCCACGAAGAGGCUAUGUGAUCAGCUUGCACGAAGUCUUGGUCGUGGUUUUGGGGCUGCUGCAAUUCAUGGAGACAAAUCGCAGGGGGAGCGUGAUUGGGUAUUGAACCAGUUUCGUAGUGGAAAGUCCCCAAUACUAGUUGCCACAGAUGUUGCUGCCCGUGGGCUUGACAUCAAAGAUAUAAGAGUGGUGAUCAACUAUGAUUUUCCAACUGGAGUUGAGGACUAUGUCCAUCGAAUUGGGAGAACUGGGAGGGCUGGAGCAACGGGAGUGGCAUAUACCUUCUUCACCGAACAGGAUUGGAAAUAUGCUGCUGAUUUGAUUAAACUACUGGAGGGUGCGGAUCAGCAUGUGCCUCCUGAGUUGCGAGAUAUGGCUAUGCGUGGUGGGCCAAGUUUUGGGAAGGAUAGGGGUGGGAUGGGUCGUUUUGAUGCAGUUAUGGGCGGCAGUCGCUGGGAUUCAGGAGGCCGGGGUGGCAUGAGAGAUGGUGGGUUUGGUGGUCGCGGUGGUGCAAGGGAUGGUGGGUUUUGUGGCCGUGGUGGGAUGAGAGAUGGUGGGUUUGGUGGUCGUGGUAACAUGAGGGAUGGUACUGCUGGUGGACGAGGUGGGAGAGGUGAUUUCUUUUCUACACGGGGUAGAGGACGGGGUUUCGGUGGCCCUGCUGGAGGUCAUGUUGGUUGGGGAAGGGGUGAUCGUGGCGGGCCACAUGAUAGGUUCAGUAGUGUGGAUGGUCGUGGACGUGGGCGUGGACAGAGUCGAUUCGAUAAUAGAAACGACUUCAGUAAUAGGAGUAGAGGCAGAAGUUACAGCCGCAGUCCUGAAAGAGUCCGAACAUGGGGUUACAGUCGAAGUCGAAGUCGCAGUGGUAGCCGUAGUCGUAGUAGUAGAAGCUGGAGUAGAAGCCGUAGCAGGAGUAGGAGCAGGAGUCGGAGUUGGUCCCGCCGUCACAGCCGAAGCCGUAGUCGUAGUCGUAGCCGUAGCCACGAUAAUUACGGGCGUUCGGCUGCAAUGUCUCAUGGCACACGAAAGAGCGGUUUUGACGAUAGAGGUGAUGCGGGGCAGGUUCCUCCUGUGGCGGCCAGCAGUAAUAUCGAGCCAGGGAAACCUGAAAAUGGUGCAGAAGAUACGAGUGAUGGAAUUGUUAAUGCAGCAGCUCAAGGAAUAUGAAUCUUUAUAUCGUUGGUGAAUUCACAUUCUCUUUGGAAGAUUCUGGCCAAGAAGCUUUUUAAGGAAAAUCUAAGCAUAUGAAGGUUGAAAAAAAGGUGGGUAUUUGGGGGACGUUUGGAAUUGAUGAUGGUAUGGUGUAUGAAUAUGCUAUGCUGGCUGUGCUCGCAAUUAGCAUAAUUUAAUUGAUAGGUUUAUUGAUAAUUUUGUUAUGAAAAAUGAACCCGUUUUCAAACAAGGAGGAAAUAUUUUUGUCUCUUGCAGUUAAUCAGAUGGUUCUAUAAAAA